AGUGCGUAGAACUUCCGUCGAUCAUCAUGGCGGCUUAGUAAAACGAACAGAACUCGUAAGCGCUGUAAUUGUGAGAACUAAAGAUGCCUGCUGACUCUGAAAAGAAGGAUCUGGACACCGCUGGCAAGGAGCGGGAGAUUCGUAAGCGCAGUCGUUCUCGAUCCAGGGAGCGUGAUCGUAAAGUAUCUCCAGGCAGAGAGCGGAAACGACACCGAUCCCGUGAACGCAAGCGUUCCCGCAGCAGAUCCAAAUCUGCUGACCGAGAUCGCCGUCAAAAAGACAAAGAAAGAGACAGGAACCGUAAAGACAGAGAGAGAGACAGACGUGACCGAGACCGCUCCAGGAAAUCAAGGAGCCUUUCUCCUAGAUCAAGGGAUUUGAAACUAAAGAAAGAUCUGAAAAAAGAGGAUGAGGAGGAAGAUGAUAAGAAAAGGGAAAAGGUGCAGCCUCUCUCUCUUGAAGAGCUUUUGGCCAAGAAGAAAGCAGAGGAGGAGGCAGAAGCUAAGCCUAAAUUCUUGUCUAAAGCAGAUCGUGAAGCUGAAGCUAUCAAACGGAGGGAACAGCAAACAGAGGACCGGCGCAAACAGGUGGAGGAUGAGCGGAAGAAACGAAGAGUGUUUCAGGAAGUCGGGAGAAAGAUGUUAGAGGAUCCUCAGGAGAGAGAGCGCCGGGAAAGACGAGAGCGGAUGGAGAGAGAGAACAAUGGCAAUGAGGAAGAUGACGGACGGCAGAAGAUCAGAGAAGAAAAAGACAAAGGAAAAGAACUACAGGCCAUAAAGGAGCGCUAUCUUGGUGGGAUGAAGAAACGCAGGCGUACGCGGCAUCUAAACGACAGGAAGUUUGUUUUUGAAUGGGAUGCAUCUGAAGACACUUCAACUGACUACAACCCAAUAUAUAAAGAGAAGCAUCAGGUUCAGCUCUACGGCCGUGGUUUCAUCGCUGGCAUCGACCUCAAACAACAGAAGAGAGACCAAUCCCGUUUCUAUGGAGAGCUGAUGGAGAAAAGACGGACAAAUGAAGAGAAGGAGCAGGAGGAACUGCGGCUCAAGAAGGUCCGUAAGAAGGAAGCCAAACAGCGCUGGGAUGACCGGCACUGGUCUCAGAAGAAGCUUGAUGAGAUGACCGACAGAGACUGGAGAAUCUUUAGAGAAGACUACAGCAUCACAACCAAAGGAGGAAAGAUCCCCAACCCUAUCCGCAACUGGAAGGAGUACUUGCUGCCUCCACAUAUUCUGGAGGUUAUUGAGAAAUGCGGCUAUAAGGAUCCAACGCCUAUCCAGAGGCAAGCCAUUCCUAUUGGUUUACAGAACCGUGACAUCAUUGGUGUGGCUGAGACUGGUAGCGGUAAAACAGCAGCUUUCCUUAUUCCUCUACUGGUUUGGAUUACUACUCUGCCUAAGAUUGACAGGAUUGAGGACUCUGAUCAGGGGCCGUAUGCCGUAAUUUUGGCUCCGACACGUGAGUUGGCACAGCAGAUCGAAGAGGAGACCAUUAAAUUCGGCAAACCGUUGGGAAUCAGGACAGUAGCUGUUAUUGGUGGAAUAUCCAGGGAAGACCAAGGGUUCAAACUCAGGAUGGGUUGUGAGAUUGUCAUCGCUACACCUGGUCGGUUGAUUGACGUGCUGGAGAACCGAUACCUCGUUCUGAGCAGGUGCACGUAUGUGGUACUGGAUGAAGCUGACAGAAUGAUUGACAUGGGUUUUGAACCCGACGUCCAGAAGAUUCUAGAAUACAUUCCUGUGACCAAUCUGAAGCCAGACACGGAUGAUGCUGAGGACCCUGAAAAAAUGAUGCAGAACUUUGUGUCGGGCAAACACAAAUACAGACAGACGGUCAUGUUUACAGCCACCAUGCCUCCAGCAGUUGAGCGUUUGGCCAGAAGUUACCUGCGGCGCCCUGCGGUGGUUUACAUCGGAUCUGCAGGCAAACCUCACGAGAGGGUUGAACAGAAGGUCAUCCUCAUGUCAGAGGGCGAAAAGAGGAAGAAGCUGCUGGAAGUUUUGGGCAGUGGCUUCGAGCCGCCUAUCAUCAUCUUUGUUAACCAGAAGAAGGGUGUUGACGUUCUGGCCAAGUCUCUGGAGAAGAUGGGAUACAAUGCUUGUACACUUCAUGGUGGUAAAGGUCAGGAGCAGAGAGAGUUUGCUCUGUCUAAUCUGAAGGCUGGAGCUAAAGACAUCUUGGUGGCCACAGAUGUGGCAGGUAGAGGUAUCGACAUCCAUGAUGUCUCCAUGGUCCUCAAUUAUGACAUGGCCAAGAACAUUGAAGACUAUAUCCAUCGUAUUGGCCGAACGGGUCGUGCUGGUAAGAGUGGUGUAGCCUUGACCUUCUUGACCAAAGAGGACUCCGUUGUAUUCUACGACCUCAAACAAGCCAUCCUAGAAAGCCCUGUGUCCACCUGCCCGCCCGAGCUGGCAAACCAUCCCGAAGCCCAGCACAAACCUGGUACCAUCCUCACCAAGAAGAGAAGAGAGGAGACCAUCUUUGCCUGAGUCAAACUUCCACCUAUAUAUUUGGGCUUGAGGCUGUACGAUUUCUUAUUUCCAUCCAAUUUCCUCAGUUUUCCUUCUAUACACGUGAUUAUAAUGAUUCACUGCAUUUUCAUUAGGGUCUUCGCUGUAGACUCUGUUAAACAUCACGUAUUGAAGAAAUGUGCAGACAAAUAGAAAGAAAAACUGUAAUAUGCUACAGAUCCAUUUUUACCCUAUUUCACACCAGUCUAUGACCGUUAGUAUAAGACUGUCACAAUCACCUGCUUUUUUACUUUUAGGUUGUGUUGAGGACAGUAAAAUUGUGAAAAAAUACCAAUAUUUUGGUAUGAUGUCAGAGUGCAUAUGUAGAUGCUGUUUUCAUUCAGAAGAUGAGCUAAACUCUUCAUUCAUUCUGUGGGUUGAAAUAAAGACCUUUUGACUAUA